ACGGCGGGUGCGAGGCCCCCCUUUCUCUCUCCGACUAGCGAUGGCUCCUCAAGGACCAGCCGCGACGCCCGGCGCGACCUCGGCUGCGUUCCUUCCCGCGACGUCCGCCCGGGCCAGCAACCCCUUGGCUCUCGAGAGUCCUGAAGUUUUGGCAAGCCACAGCAUUCAAAAUAAGACAAACCCUGGUAAUGGAUUUCCAGGAGAUACUGCACACCCUGAAUAUAUUGCUUAUUUCCUGAUUCCUGUAUUCUUCCUCAUGGGGCUCCUGGGGAUAUUCAUCUGCCAUAUACUAAAGAAGAAAGGGUAUCGUUGUAGAACAGAAGCCGAGCAAGAAGAGGAGAAACUUCAAGAAAAGAUAGAGUUAAAUGACAGUACAAAUGAUAAUGGUGACACUGUGGGACAAAUCGUUGACUACAUUAUGAAAAACGAAGCUAAUGCUGAUGUGCUGAAGGCCAUGGUGGCAGAUAACUCUGUGUAUGAUCCAGAAAGCCCUACUAGUCCAGGCAGUCCAACCACUCCAGGCAGUCCAACAAGUCCAGGUUCUCCUUUGUCACCUGGAGGUCCUCAGUCAAAACAUACUUGCCGAGGCCAUCACUUGCAUACCGUUGGUGGAAUUGCAGGGACAGGUGCUUGUUCUCGCUGCAGUCACAAAAGAUGGCAUCUGUUUAGUCCAAAUAAGAAAUCUAAAGAAGCAAGAAGAGCCCGGCAUGGAGAAGUCACAGUGUUGUCUGUGGGAAGAUUUAGAGUCACAAAGGUGGAACAUAAAUCUUCUUCAAAGGAACAUAGAAACUUGGUGUCUGUGAGUGGUGUAGACGGUGUCAAUGGUGAGAUGCCAGCCACGCCUGUCAAAGAAGGCUCUAAAGAGGUGGCAGUUUCACCUGCUGCCAAACAUGACUCAAAAGAACUGAAUUACACUCCUACGAAGCAAGGAAUCAGAGUGAGGUCUGGUUCAGAAUAACGGUUGGUUAUAGCAAGUUAUGGAAACCCCAUGUGCGAUGGAUGCUUUUAGAAAAAGCACACAAAGAUAUUUGGAAAAAUUGAAAUUUGGGACACUAAUGUCUGUUGUGCAUAGUUUCUGUGACUGAAUCUCCGCAGGGUUUGGUCCCAGGUAUUUAACAUUUUUAGUAACUCAGAAUGUAAUGACAUUUUAAUAAUUUGACGACUACUGGGACAUAUGGUCAGCAGUUUUAUAUUUAAAAUAUUAUGUAUUUUUUACUUCUAAUAAAGCAAAACCUGGUGAAAUCAUUCAUGGAAUGGACAAAACAAAAAUCAGUUUGCCAAAAUGUUUACUGCUAUAUUGCAAUGUAAAUGCGUCACAUUGCAUUAGAUUUUUAGAGGAGUAAAGUCUGUGCUGAAUGGCAUAGGAGAGGACCAAAGUUGUGAGCCAUUUUUAAUUUAUUGCUAGAAUACCAAUGACGGCUAUAUUAAGCACUGCCUAAUUAAUUUUUUUUCUGUAUAUUUACCAUAAUUACUAUUUUUGUGCUCAAAGCAAUCUCUACAAUCUCUUAAGAAAAUGUAAGUGCAAGUACACACAUACAUGUACAUGUGAUGACAAAUAGAGUCAUUUCAUGGGUCUUGAUAGAUGCUAUAUUAAAUCCUGAAAGAAUCUCAAAGCACCUUAUCCUACCUUACAGAUUUGUAAAUCAGUGAAUAUAGAACCUGUUUGUGACUUUGUCCUUGUGUGUGCAUUGAUCUUAAGAAGUUGCUUUUUUUGGUGGGGUUUGUGUGCUGCUUCUCCAGGCAAACUGUGAAGGCUAAGAUCCUUCUGAGCUCUUUAAUAUAUGCUGCCAAUAGUGGAGAAUUUUAUAGGCUAUUAUUGCUGAACGGUCUCUAGACAACUGAGAAACACUUUUCAUGACACUAAUUUGGCAUUACUGAGGAAAAUAUCAGCUCUGUCAAGGCCCGUUGACUUCCAAAGUAAAAAAAGAAUUUUUUCACAAUGAAUUCCAGGUCUGUCCAUGGCUAAAUAUAUAAGACACACAGAUCAGGGCGCUGUUUAGUAUUAUAAUAAAUUAAAGCAUCAUGUCACUAGAGAGCCAGUGUGGUAUAGUGGUUAGAGUGUUGGACUGGGAGUCAGGAGAUCUGGGUUCUAGUCCCCACUCAGCCAUCAGCCCAGCCUACCUCACAGAGUUGUUGUAAGGAUAAAAUGAGAGGAGGAUCAUGUAUGCCGCCUUGGGUUUCUUGGAGGAAAAAAAGGCAGGAUAUAAAUGCAAUAAUAAUAAUAAUAAAAAUAAAUAAAUAAAUAAUCUAGAAACCAAGCAAAACUCUUUGGUUCAGACGUGUUUGUACUUGGGGACUCUUCCUCUACCUUUUGAAUUUAGCAGAAAUUGAACACUCAGGCAUUUUGAAAUGUAUUUUGAAAUUCAGUUUGGUAUAGCAAAAUGGAAAUAUCCUAAUAAUAAAAUGUGUGAAAGAAUAUUUUACAAAAACAUAUUUUGAUAUCCAUCCUUUGUCCAAUAUCCACUACAUUUAACUAGGGAAAGGCUGAACAGUGAAGUGGGGAGUGGGAAGCACUCAUUGCAAAUACGUUUGUCCUGCAAAAAGCAACUCUCGGGUCAUCUUUAAGGGGAGAGGAUUUAAAAGGAUGAAAAUGUUUCCCCGUUCAGAGUGAGCUCUCUCCAAAUUGGCUUUCAGAUAUUAUCACAUCAUCAAAUUUAACCAUGUGGCACCUUAGUCAUCUUAUGAUAUCAUAAUGGCUAUAGCCCAAACCCAACAAAAGUUAGUCUUAUGAGUGGGACUUGCAAUCCCCAUGUUGCAGUGGGGAUUGCUCCUGCUGGGUGCUCCAGUCAUACCCACCUCCACAAUACUCCAUUCCAUUCCCCCUGAUUUUAUGUGCUUCUCACCAACAGUCGGCACGUUGUGGCAAUUGAGCACACUGAGUUCUCAUUGGGCUGUUUUGGGGGGGUUCCACUUUAGAGUUUUUCUAAAUACUUACGUGAAGUUUGUACUUAUGCGAAGUUCCCCAAAGCUGCUGAAACUUCCCUUUUUGGAUAGUGCCAUUUUGGCUAUGUAAGGAUCUACAGACACUUCUGAACUUUGGAAAGAGAGAGAAUGCUAAAUUAGUCACAACUAACAUGUUCUAUUAACUUCACUGGGACUUAGGUCCAACUUCUACUCAUGCAUUGCUUUUGUGAUCCCUGAUUGGCUAGAAUCACGUACUGCAAAAUCCCUUUAAAUAUAUUACCAAAAUUGCUGCAAUUCUAAAAUAGGGUUGAAAGAUGAAAGGGCAGUUAGGGAACAUGAUCCUGUAUUUAAUAAAGAAUAUUUUAAAAUGCUGUUGUGCUUGUACAAAAGCCUACGGGAUGCAAAAAAUGUGAACCUGGAUUCUAGAGGCCAGUCUACAUGUGGAAACAGGAUUGUUCCAUAUGCAGUCCCACUUGUACAGGGGAAUGAAUGGGUUAAGGGGGAAUUCUGCAUCUAGCACCUGAUUUAUCCAGCUCGGCAUUCAAUACCUUGCGAAGAAAGACUGAUUCCAGGCAAUCCACCAAAUGUAUGAUCACCUGCACCAGAGCAGAUUGCACUGACCAUCUAUUUGGUGAAGAAAUCUUCAACCACAAAUUCAUGUAUAUAGAGUCUUCUGCUGUUGACAAAAUUCUUUGGAUUGUAGAAGUGGUGUUUAUAUCUGCUUGAGUAUAAGAGAGUAUAUCACAACCUUCUUAGCACACAAGAUACUGUAUCAGCAUGACUGUAUGAUUGAUAUAUAUGGAUUGCCAUAGUAAAGCAUAGAAAAGCUCACUUUUCACAUGUGUGUGCAUUAAAUGUAUUUUAACAGUAUGGUUUGUAUAAAUAUUUUAUACUACUUGAACAAUAAAAAAUACAAAAUCCUUUUUUUAAAA